UUCAGUUACGAACUCUUCAAGUCACGAUUUGUCCAGCUAUUUUUUUUACUCGUUCUCGUUUACGACACCGUGCAAGACUAGCCUGACUUUGUCCGAGUUUUCUGCGAUUUUAUUACGAUGUCAUAAAUGUCGCCAAACAAGGAUCCACGCGGUUGAUCCUCGCCUGUUGACGUUUUUAAUCAGCUCAAACGAGAAUUUUAUCGUGAACGUCGACGCGAAUACACACACACACACACACAUAGCACCAUGCAUUCGGGAACAUAGAGAAGAAAACUCGCGAUUUUCUUGCAAAGUGAACCGCAAGAUUAACGAGAAGAAAGUGAUCUCGUUCCUAAUUUGCCUUCGAGUUAUAGAAUCGAUUAUAAUUCUUAUAAUUCUCUGGAGGAGAAAUGCCACCGCAGGAGAAAUUUGAAAAUUCCGUGCACUUGAACAAUAAUCGGGAGAGCAACGUGGCCACUUGUCAGAACUCGAGCAACGCUCAAACGGGAGAAACGGAUAGCGGUGUGAAGGAAGAGACGAGAGACAUGGAUUUUGAUGAAUUGCUGCCCUAUGUCGGCGAGUUUGGUCUUUACCAGAAGAUCCUCUUCAUUCUGAUGAUCCCUUUCGCAUCGUUUGUGGCGUGGGUCUAUUUCUCGCAGAUCUUCAUCACGCUGAUACCGGAUGAUUAUUGGUGUUGGGUACCGGAACUGGAGAACCUCACAGUCAACGAAAGACUGUCGCUAGCGAUACCAGCCAACCACGAGGGAUACUCGAGAUGCAGCAUGUACGAUGUAAAUUACAGGGAGAUUUUGUUAAAUGAAAGCCACAUGCCGGACCCGUUGUGGCCAACGAAAGCUUGUCAACACGGAUGGGAGUUCAAUUAUAGUACCGUUCCGUACGCAACUGUGGCAACCGAGCUGGGAUGGGUCUGCCAGUACGACGCUCUGCCAACCAUAGCUCAAAGUAUCUUCUUCGUCGGCGCUAUCUUCGGCGGACUGAUUUUUGGAUGGAUUGCCGAUCAAUACGGCAGGAUACCAGCUUUGAUCGGAGCUAAUUUAAUGGGAUUUCUCGCUGGAGUGGCCACCGCGUUCACCGACACGUUCUGGCAGUUCACGUUGUGCCGUUUCUUCGUCGGGUUUGCCUUCGACAAUUGCUUCACUAUGAUGUACAUAUUAGUGUUGGAAUACGUCGGACCAAAAUGGAGGACAUUCGUAGCGAACAUGUCGAUAGCGAUGUUCUUCACAUUUGCAGCGUGCAUUUUACCCUGGAUUGCGUACUUCUUGGCUGAUUGGAGGAUGACCUGCAUCGCCACUUCGGUCCCUCUUGUUGUGGCCGUAAUGACGCCGUGGUUGAUCCCGGAGAGUGCUCGAUGGUUGGUCAGCCAAGGUCAAGUAGACAGGGCUAUCGAGAUCCUGGGCAAAUUCGAGCGAAUAAACGGCACCAAGGUGCCUGACGACAUCUACAAACGAUUCCGAGAUACCUGUGCCAGAAUAUGCAAAGAGGAGGAAGCAGAUAAAACGUAUUCUGUGUUAGAUCUAUUUAAAACGCCACGGCUACGGAAUAUUACUCUUCUAUUUAUCAUUAUCUGGAUGGCGAUUUCUUUGGUGUUCGACGGUCACGUACGGAACGUUGAUAAUCUAGGCCUGAACGUGUUCGUCACAUUUACAAUCGCUGCAGCAACCGAGUUGCCCGCCGACACGUUUCUCACGUUGGUUCUUGAUCGAUGGGGCAGAAGGUGGCUCGCGUGCGGUUCCCUCGUUGUCUCCGGUGUAUUCAGCAUCUGGGCUUCAGCUGUUUCUAAUCAUAUUUACACAGCCUCUCUGGCGAUUCUUGGUCGAUUCUGGAUAAAUAUUUCGUACAAUAUCGGCCUCCAAUACGCAGCUGAGGUGUUGCCAACUGUGGUCAGAGCUCAGGGUGUAGCUCUGAUACACAUAAUGGGAUACGUUGCUAGCAUCCUCGCGCCGUACGUGGUAUACCUCGACGUCGUUUCGUCGAUUCUGCCUCUCCUCGUGUUGGGCACGCUUGGAAUUAUAGGCGGUAUUUUGACUCUGUUCUUACCGGAAACGCUUGACAAGGAUCUUCCGCAGACGCUGCAGGACGGCGAGGACUUCGGGAGAGAUCAGAAGAUGUGGGAUUUCCCUUGUAUCGGAAGGAAAGAUGAGGAGGAAGAGAUACCGCCUAGGUUCCGAUCACUUUCCACGUGCAGCGCGAGGAACUCGAUGAGAGCGUCGCUUCGUGGUGAAACUUUAAGGAGCACUAUGCUACGACGAUCGAGCAUAAAGUCGAGGAAGAGCGGAAAUUCCGUCAUAGAGGUGGAAAGAUUAUAGUGAAAUAUUCACAACGAAGUGUCUGUUACCUUGAUCUCUAGCAAAGAAUCCUUAGUCUUCCAAAAAAAAAAACGUGCAAUAUUAGCGUAAAUCGAGUAAAACUUCGUCAAACUUCGUGCAUUCAUUAUCAUCAUGAUUGCGGAUUUUUAUGCAAUUGUAGUUGAGAAACAUAAAGGUACAAAGCAGCACACGAAUAAAACAUAUAUAAAUAUAUAUAUAUA